CCGCUUUAAGAAACGCUUACACAAGAUCCUAAAAUAAACAAAUUAUGAAUUCUCGCGAAGCUUCUAGAAAGUCACACUAGUCACGCAAUACAAUUUUUGGUAACAGCGACCAGGAAGUUUUUCAACAAGCGUUUUCUUUAUUUUUGUCGAAAACAUUUGUUAAAAUUGAAACAGUUCUCGUUUCUUCUACCGACAGACUCGUAGCUUUUCGAGCCCGAGUUAGCCUUUUUUAAAAAAGGUUUUAAGUUGUUGUAACGUUUAUAAUUUAUAGUCUAUGAAGUGUAUCGCACAUUUUUCAGUGAAUGCACCCCUAGGGAUUUGUGAGCAAUUCAUAGACAAGAAGAAAACAAUGGUUACUCAUGGUAACAUUUUUUAUCAGAUACUGUUAUACAUAAGUAUAUUCAAAGCUGAAUUUACACUAAACUGGGCCCGACAGAAAGAAAACAAAAUAAACUUGCGGUGAACACAAAAGUCGGCCAGCUUUUUCUUUUAGGUCUUUUCUUGAGACAUUAUAUUGUUGACUCUAACAUCCGUAACCUGUAAAUUGGCUACCGUAGAGUAUCGUGCACAAAACAGAUUUUUUCCCUUCAUAUUGUUUUCAUAUCAGUCGUUUUCAAAUCAUUUUCCCCUGCCGCGACAUUGGACCCGCGACCGCGACUUUGGACCCGCGACCGCGACAUUGGACCCGCGACCGCGACAUUGGACCCGCGACCGCGACAUUGGACCCGCGACCCGCGACCCGCGACUAUUAGUCAAACUCUAAUUAAUGGCUAAAUUUCUCGUUUGUAUAAAUAUUUAUGAAAAUUUAGCCGUUAAUUAAUGGCUAAAUUUUUGGUUAGUAAAGAGUAAAAUUUAGCCGUUAAUUAAUGGCUAAAUUUUUCUUUAAUAAUAAUACAAAGUGACUUAACGGCUAAAUUUUUCUUAUAACUACACUGUGAAUUUAUUGCAAAUUUUGCCAUUGUCUAAACACCGGCCGAAUACCAGGUAAAUCUGCCUUGGGUUGGAAAAUUUGGUUUGGCUUCUUAUGGAUAUUCAGACAAUCCUGAAUCUGAAGAUUGGUUUUGUACCGCACGCAUAUGCCAUCCAGAUAGUUUGCAUGAGUUUUGCCUCAAACAUGUUUUCCUUGUUGCUUUGCCGUUCGUUCGUGCUCGCUUUGCGCUCUAGCCUGUUCCAGGCGUUCAAAUUAGUAGAGCGCGGCAGUCAGUGGGGAGUGAGUUAAAUUGCCCUCGUCUUUUUUUUCUUCGUGAAUUUUCCUCCCGCGCUCUAUGAUCUGAACGCAUGGAACAGGCUAUUUGCGCUCACGCAACAAUCACGCACUACCCAUUUUUUUUAGGGAAAAGCCCUGGGGACGAGGUUGUCACGCAAUAUUCGCCAAGGACAAAAAUAAAUUUGUACAAGUUGCAAUACAAAAAAGAAAUUACUUUUAAAGGUGCUUUGCAUAGCAAACGACCAAAGAAGUUAUGUCUGAUUCGUCGCUUUAUUGUACUUUUGCUGUCGUAUUAUCGCUAACGUCCACUUGAAAUUUUGCUGCCCCAAAAGUCACUGCAUUCUAGGACGAAUACUGACUUGCACUCACGUGAAGAUAUCCGUCAACGGUAUCAACACAAUUUACUGCUUUUAAAACGUGGUAGAAACUUCUUUAUAUUUUUAAAAUAUAGAAUAUAGAAUAUUUUUAAACGGAUAAACCAGUGAGCAGUACUUUCAAACUUCUUGAGUUGUAAAAACUGUUUUAGUGUCUCCUACGCGUUUCGUGUGACUAACGCACACUUCAUCAGGGAGAAAAUCUGUAUACUGAUAUAUCCAAGUGAGGAAGAAUUCGAGGACUAGUUAGUUGGGUUUGCCACUUGUGCUCAUGAUUAAGAACACUGUUAAGAUAGACUGUUAUUCAUUAUAAAAGUUGGCGAAUUAAUACCUUAGUCCGUUUAGUUAGAUUGACGUGAAAAUGAUUGCCUCGGAUUUUGUCCGAUGAGGCUGUGAACCGAUUCUCAAAAAAGAACGCUGACGAAAUCAACGAAAUCAACUCUUAGUGUUUCUUUUUCAACGCCUUUAAAAAUUCCCAUUGAUCCAUUUUUCAAUAGUUUCAGACUGUGCGGCUCGGCUGCAUCGAGUCGCACAGUCUGAAAUUUUUAAAGUCUUCAACCAAAGAACAACCUUGUAAAAGAAUUAAAUAGAAAUGAAAUAAGCAUUUUCUUGAAUAAAAGUACGUUUUUAGGCAUUUCCCGGCCAACAUCAUUCAUUAGACCGAAAGCUCCGGGUGUUUGUGACGGCAGUAAUCAAAGUCGAGGUUAUUACAGUGUAAAUCCCGCCCAUCUUUUGUUUUGAAUUCUUGUUUUCUCUGAUAAUAAAAAAAAAUCACGGAACGGACUUAAGCUUUAUUUCCUUGGUUUCUUUCAUAAGUAUUGCUAUAGAUCCUUUUCUAAGUUAUCGCCUUCUCCCAGAUUAACUUAUGCCAAACCAGUAGCAUGCAAGAAAGGCAGUAAAAACAAAUUCGUCUUGUCAA